GAGAUUCCGCCGAAUGUCAGUUUCGGUUCUUGGUCCUGAUGUUAGCCUACAAUUAGACAACCAUCAGCAUUCGCCUGCCUGAUACAAAGACGCAAGACGUGAAUUUCAUAAAUUGAUUACGAUUUUCUGCUAAGUUUUUCAUACAACUGUUCGAAAAUACCAGUGCAACUCAUCGAGCAGGUUGAAGCAGAAACAGAGAAGUCCAUGGGAGGCGAGGAGUUCUAGGAUUGAUGUGGAAGAGACAACAGAAAUGCAUUAUGAAGACAAGUGCUGUAAGAUGAACGAAGAAACUUUGACGGCUAUGUGUGGCGAUGUGGUCUGGGAUAAGAACGAAGCGCAGGCGUUGGAGUUCGCAGAUGAACUGAUCCCCAAGCAGUUUUGUGGCAACGAACUGUGUGAUAACUUUCUGCGCAAAUUUAUAUGGACUGGGAUCUCUCUGGCAUGGAUGAUUUUCAGGUCCGUAGCACAGUUUGUUAUUUGGACAGUCAUGGGAAAGGUCAUCUUGUGGAAGAAGAUUGCUCUUGACAAAGUCUGGCAGUAUGUCUCUGGAUUCCCAGUGGUCAGUCGUUCUUGUUCAGACAUGAUAAACAAGCUAGAAGUGAUUUGUGCUGCCUUUUACCGAGUGAACAGGGGCACGGACAAAAUGCCCAUCGAUGGUGGACACAAGACUGAAAGACUGGAAGUGGAUAGUCAGCUAUUUUGUGGGAAUGAACUGUCUGAUCCUGGGCCAAGAUGUGAUGAUGCUGAUGAUGCUGGCAGACAAUUUGUAGAUGUCAGUUCACCUAAGUAUUCAUUGUCUGAUAUAGAACUUAUGUAUUACAAAGUCAUCCACGAACUGGAUAUUCCUUAUUUAAAUAAGGACAUCUUAGUCCAGGAGACUGUCAACAAAUUGGAAGGAAAGUUCGGUAAAGAGUCGACAGCUGAUGCUCUGCAUCCAAAAGAUCUAGAGGAGGAUGGAUGUAUUACGCUAUCACCACUGUUGGAUGAGGAAAAAAGCAGUUUUCAGGGACUAUGCGCUAAAGCCUUGGGAGAAAAGAUAGAGAAUGGCACAAGUACCACACAAGGACAUUGUGAACGGGUCACAUACGAGGCUCCAUUUACCCCCCUAGGUGAAUCCAAAGCUGACAACUCUCUUGAGCACAAUACGAGUGAAUCAGCAGAAUCAGUCCACACCGACAGUAGCCAGGGUCACCCAUUGAAGCUUUCUAUCAAUUUUGAAACCCAUUCUGAGACUGCAGUACGGUCUGAAUCUGUUGAAACGACCCGCCUUAAGAGAGUCCGAAUACGACCAUCCAUUGACAAUGAUUCUAUGGUUUCUGUUGAAAAUCAGGGAGAAGAUGUGCAUAAUCUGACAAUGGUCUCUUGUGAUGUUGCUGUCAUGAAAGAGAUUGAAAAUAAGCUGACCAAAUGUGAUGGAAAUCACUUGAUCGCCAGUUCAUUUGAAAGUCACGCAUCUGGUCAUGGUGAAAAUCUUGUGGCCACACCUGCAGCAGACUUCUUAAACACCUCUCUGCGAAGUCAUAUUGCUGCAGUCGCCAGGGAGGAUAGACCUUCUGAAAACUUUGCUUAUCUCCCUGGGGAAAACAACACAUGUGUCUUGAAUGAAGACUGCUCGACUGCCAUUGUUAACGACAACGCCAUGGCCACCAAUGAAUGUGGCAACAGUUUUCCGAAUGAAGACAAUAUAAAUGUCCAUAAAGAAGCAGAGUUCACUGACCCAAAUAAAAAUGACACUAGUGUCCCAGACGAACACAGCAUCAGUGCUCCAAACGAAAAUGACAUCAGUGUCCGCGAUGAAGACGAAAUGUAUAACGCAAACGAAAACGACACCAGUUUCCAGAAUGAAAAUAAAAUGAGUGACCCAAAUGGAAAAGACAUCUUUGCUCCAAACACAAGUGACGUGAGUCCCCUGGGUAAUAACCUAGCGUCUUCAAGAGAACAGUUGGGUUUUCCUUACUGUGACAACCCAUGUAAGACCCAGUCAGUACCAAGGGAAGCUGGUAUGGUGGACUCUUUGGAUAACCAUCCUUUCAUUCCAGAGACGACAACUGCGCAAAGUGCUCUCCCUCUGUGUUUUGAGGAAACUGGAGAACCUGCUAUUGCACUUUCAGACACCGAGACUUGCAAAAGUCAAUAUUUUGAUGAUCAGAACGACAACGAAAAAGAAACCCCAACAGAUGUAUUGAUGGAUUGUACAAGUUUCACUCAACGCAAAAACCUUCCGCUGAAGAUUAUACUACUUUCCAAAAAGCCUGCCUUGUCGGCCCAGGAGAAAUCAAUGGCCUCCAAUAUAAAGAAAAAGGAUGAGAGUCUUGAGGACGGAUUGAACUGGCUUUAUCGAUUAUCUCCCAAUCGGCCGUUGCCCUUAUGUUGGAAUGGUUUUAAACUCCAACAUAUCUACAUGCUCGGAGUUGGUCAGAAUCGUACUCAAAGUGUAUUCCAUGGAAUUCAUGAGGGGAUUUUCAAUGAGCUGACAAGGCGAAUUGCAUCCUUCCACUCUGCACCAAGGGACCUGGCAAAAUCUCCAUCGACCCUGGCCGCAUCUGGCUUUGUUUACCUUGGCGAGACAGCCCAUGAUGAAGUUAUCUGCGUAUAUUGUUUGCGGAGGUAUAAACACUGGCGGGAAACAGACAACGUGAACCAAAUACACCGACAACUCAACCCAAGUUGUCCUGGGCUAGCCAAUACGAUGGCCAUCACUGCGUCCCAUGAACAUGAAGCCCAGGCCGUGUCGUGGGAUAAUGACGCAGCCUUGGAGCCGGUUAGAGAUGUGGAUAGUGUUGAUUUUGGACCUUUCAGACGGAGGGGUGCUUCCAACUCCAGGUCUUCUUCAGCUUUGUCCUCUGCCUUGGGGGUAUCUUCAACAACUGCUGCUAUGACGGCCACGCCAAUUUCCAUCAACACUCCAGCCACGGCUGCAGGCUCUUCGGCAUCUGGUCCCCAGCCUCGCCGGUCAAGCAUAAACGGUGACUUGAACUCGUUUGCUGUCGACACUGUGAACACGCCCGUUGACUCUCAGGGUCGUCAUGACUCAACUGGCAGGGGCAGGCGAGGAGACGGAGCGGCGAACACAAACGGGCUAAGGAUGUCCCUCCAGGAACUUGGCAUCUUUUCUGAGCGGCCGCGGCGUCAGGACUUGGCAAUAUUGGCUUCGCGGUUAGAAUCUUUCGCGGGGUGGCCAGAAGACAGUCCUGUCACCGCGCUGGAUGCGGCAAAAGCUGGAUUUUUCUUUGUUGGUUAUGCAGACAGCACCCGAUGCUUCUUCUGUCAAGGGGGGCUCCGGAAUUGGGAGCAGGGAGACAAUCCUUUUGUUGAGCACGCACGCCAUUUCCCCAAAUGUGCCUAUAUCAGGCAGGUCAUGGGUCAAACCUUCAUAGACGCUGUACAAGCCAGGAAGAGAAGUGGUGAGAAUCCGGCUCUAUUAAAAAUUUGCCUCAACCACAGUACACUGAUGAUUCCACAAGCUCAUAUGGCUUCCAUUGUGAUGUCAUCUGGUCCUGGGGCUUUGUACUUAGGGCUGGUUUUGAGUGCCAUUUCUAUUUCUCUGGACAGUAUAGAUGGUUGUGUUUGCUCCCCGUAUGAUGGCUGGUACUCAUCUUGUUUUUUUCUUUUGAAAUAUCUAGGUCUGACCCUGUCAGCAGAGGAGCUGUUCCAAUACAUGAAUCGGAACCAGGAUGGGGGGACGGUGGAGUCUAACAAUGAUGUUACAGACAGUGGAGGCCCACUAGAUGAGCUUAUUGAAGAAAAUCGGGGUUUGAGGAACAACUUGACCUGCAAAAUCUGCAUGGAUCGAGAGGUCAAAGUAGUUUUCCUUCCAUGUGGUCACCUUGUGGCAUGCCAGGAGUGCUCCACUGCAAUGCGGGAGUGUCCAGUGUGCAGGGGUCACAUCCGAGCAAUUGUGAUGGCUUCUCUUCGAUAAACAUGUUUGUCGCUCCCUUCCAAAAAUGAAAUGUGUGAGAAUAUGUUGAUGCCCCUAAAUGGAUAAAUAUUUUACCCCAGGAAUAAUUCUUUUGCUUUAUGUAGAUUUUUAUUUAGUUUUGAGAGCUAUUUGCCUUUUUGAAAGAGAGUAAAAUUAGUCUCCUGUUGUUGUCUCGUCCUCUGUUUGAUUGUAAAUGUUUCAUGCUUCCAUUGGCACAAUGUGGACCCUUUUUAGGGUGGGCUGCUCCAAUCCUAUCUAUCUCAGUCAGCUGGGAUUUAGUAGAGAACAUCCUCCUUGCAGAAAGAUAGAGAUACUCAACUAAAUUAUGUACUUGUUCACUAGGGAAUUGAACUCCUGACUUUUGAGUGCCACCCUAUAUACAGUACAACCUGCUCACCAACAGCCACUGGUAUAAGAUUAUCACCUGUAGUUCUGCCAUACAUUAGAAUGACACUGUGUAAGAUUAAGAAAGCCACAUGUAUAAGAUGACCACUUUUCUCCUUGACAGUCUACUAAAAGAGUUUGUACAUAGGAAUAUAUUUCUUCAGAUUUGUACGUGAAUAGAGUCAGAUGGCAUAUGACACUGCACACCCAGGAAAUACAAUGACAUGUAUAAAGGAAAUGCAAAACACUGGCUCUCAUCUGUUAUUGUUUUCAUGUAGGCCUUGACCUACUACAGAGAGUUAAAAUUCUCUAAGUGUAAUAAAUUCAAGUCAUCAGUAUAGGACAUGAGUCAUGAGGCUGACAUUGUGGUGCCCAGUAUUGGCCAAUACUUUUUUAAACAAAUGUUUUCAUGAAAAAAAACCAACCCCAAAACAUAAAAACAAUAACAAAAA